AUGCAGCUAAGAAGCCUUUUGUCAUUGCUGAGUAUAUUAUGGACUCGGAGAAACGACAUUCAGUGGGUAAAUCAAAGGGUGAACGUCCUAGUGGAGUGAAUCGGAACCGCAAUAAUCUUGUAAACGGAACAAAUCCUCACAUAUGCGGAUGCGGGUGUGCGGAAUAGUGGGGAUACAUAGCAGCUGCUUAAUGACACCAAAUGCGCCCAUGUUAAUCGUCGGCGCGUUGUACACGCGACGAUAGGAGGAGGAAGAGCAGGAGGAGGAGGAAAAACGCGUCCUCGAGGAACGCGGCGGCGGCGGAGUACUCGCGCAACGUCGGAGCAAGACGAAGCCGGUGUGGGAGGGUGAGAGUCGGUGUGGUGGUCGUUAUUGAUUGAACGCGAAGCCACGCUAAUCGCGCAAGCUCACCGUCCGCCCUGAAUGAAGUGACGUGCUCUCUCGCAUAUGGAGACGCGAAUAGAGAAACGAUAAGACCUGUGCAAGGCCCUCAACAGCCGACCAGCAGCAGUGACGACGACGACGAGAGGAUGCUCCUUCAACGGGGCUGUACUUGGCUGACGUUGAUGCCGCUCCUGCUGAGCCUGGCCACCGGCGAGCUCAGCUUUUAUCGGGAUGCGCUCCCGGAAACGUCGGAGGAUAUCGCGCUGAAGCACCUGGUCCGCUAUCUGGAGGCGCAAAAUCGUCUUCAGCAGCGUCUCCAUCGGUCGCACUUGUCCACGUUCCUGUCGCCAAUGCACAAGAAGCACAACAAUGCGCUGAACCAGGAGGACCGCGAGGCCGAUAGAAAGGUCACUCUGGAGUCUUGGAAUCCGUACAACCUGCAAAAACUCUGGACAUGGUGGCAAGCACAUCAAUAUCGUCCGAACAAUAACGAUUUGAUCUCCGAUCAGAUUACAAAUCAGGAACCGAAGUAUAUCUCUUAUUACAACCUGAAUCUCAAGCGUCCGGUUUAUACGGAGGAGAAACAGCCAAAUAAGAACGACGACCGUUUCUCCAAGAAUCUUGAGUACGGACAAAUUCUGAAUAUGUUGGACUCCAACAGAGAUGCGUUGGAGUCCAUACUAGAUUCUCUCCGAGAGAAGUAUAACAUAGGCUUCAAUCACGGAUUGGGAACGUUGCAUCACGAGGGCGGAAGGGAAACAGCAGCACCCAUGCGUCCGGCAACGGCAGCGGAAUCGGCGGCGACCGAACCAGAAUUCACGUUCAAGUUCGACGACUCGAAUGUCAAGGAGAAGCAUCCGUUUGCUGUGAAGCCGAAUGAUCCCAGAUACUAUGGCGGGGCACCCUUUUCGUCAGAUGAUUUAGAUUGGCAAGACACGUCGGAAAUGGAUUGGAAGGACGAAAAAAAGACUGGGGAUAAGGAGCAAAUAAUGAUAAAACACGAAGACGACAUGCGGGAUAUCAACCAGGAGAGACCAAAGCAUUUGGCUACAAGAAUCGACGUAUCGAAAUCGGAAAGAUAUGCGGCACAUCAUCCGGUAAUCGUACCGGUAAAUCGCGACUUUAACAGUGACAUUUAUUUUAUCGCCAUUGUGGCCGGUUGCAGUGCAGCCACGAUGUUCGCUUUGGUAUUGAUCAGUUUAACAUGGUGCAGACUGCAACGUGGCGCGAAAGCUGCAGCGGAUAUAGAGUAUCCUGCUUACGGCGUGACGGGACCGAACAAGGAUGUAUCGCCGUCCGGUGACCAAAGACUUGCCCAGUCCGCUCAGAUGUAUCAUUUCCAACACCAGAAGCAACAGAUUAUCGCCAUGGAAAAUCGCACUUCUGCAACGAGGGACACAGGUUCCCUUUCAGAAGCGGAGAGCGAUGAGGAGAAUGAGGAGGGUGACUAUACCGUUUACGAAUGUCCAGGACUUGCAUCUACGGGCGAGAUGGAAGUGAAGAACCCAAUGUUCCACGAUGAUCCUACCCCGGCAACGCCGGCGACGCAGAGCAACAAAGAAGAGGACCACAAAUAGUUCCAAUAAAGUAGAGAGAGUAAAAGCCAUACGCGCGCGAUCUGAAAAAAAAUCUUUCCUGGUGCUUAGCUCACUGUUAAUGUACCAUAUCGGAAAAGUUUAUCUAUUAUAUUGAGUGUAUACAACUUUAAUAUUUAUAUAUGGCGUGAUGAGGAGUGACGCGUUUUACGGGAAGGUAGGAAGAGAGGGAAAGGAUCGGUUCGGUACCCGAACGACCGAUGUCACUUUUCGUUCCGGAAGUAAGACAAACGCUUAUCCUACAUAGUAAAUAAAACCGGAGCACGACGAACGGGUAUGUGUUUGCGAUUUUAUGCGGGUGGGUUUAAUACCCACGGUUUGCGUCACAGUCGCAUCGUCGCGUUAGUGAAUCGAAUCGAUCAUGCGAAUUGUCGACGGUACUUCUUCAAGGAAGUUCAAUCCUAAAAAACACCAGUUUUUUAGUUAUAUUACAAGUAAAAUAUAAAGGAAGACGAUAGGGUUCAUAUUUUCUCUCUACGCGUCGUAGGGCGACGUCAGUUUUCCUAGCACUGAAACAUUACGUUGUUUUAUCGCGAUUCUAUGAGCGGAAGUAACGGGAUGGAGAGCGAAUUGAUCGAUCAAAACAGCGUCUGUGAGAGAACACCCAGUUUUUUAAUGUCACGACGUACUAUAGUUUGUACUUUCAUAGUAGGAGCAAUUGCCGCACGAUCGCAAUUAUUUUUCUAUAACUCGGCCGCGCAUACAACCCGGAUAUCUGAUGAAACAUUCGACGAUAUAUUCGAUGCUUAUAUUCAGUGGAUAUCCGUGUUGCAUGAGCAGCGGUAUAAGUCUAUCGUCCGAGAUUACACUCCCUUGAAAGUAAAAAAAAAAAAGGACUACGACUGUUAAUUUUUGAGACGGUCUAUGGUCACACCGUUAUUUGAAUCUGUUUAGCAUACCGAUUGGACGUAAAUGGAGAAAGUUAUACAGCAUUAUUCUAUAAUUACACGAUUAUAUGUCACGAAUCUUAACUCUUAUACAUCUGUCUUAAGGUAUACAAGCAUAAGUAUUACACUAAACAGUGUUCGGCAGAAUGUAUCCGUUUUACACGCGUGGGGAACAGAACGCGUCGGAUUAUUUCUGUCACUGCAAGUGUCUCAUUUUUUUUGAAAUUAUAAUGAGAUUGUGACGAACAACGUUAUGGUUCAAGAUUAUGCUAUAUUUCAGAGUAAUAUAUUAAGCGGCGAUCCGUUGUACUCGUUUACGAGUAAUGAUAUGUUUCAUCGAAAUCAUCUUUCUAUAUUCUUGAUUUUCUGGAAAAAAAAAAUUAAAUUCUCAAGCUUUCAUCGUUAUAAUCUGAAAUUUCCAAGUAGUUUUUCUGAAUUUAUCUGAAGCAAAUUGUUUGAAAGUAUAGAAAGUAUACUAGCUGUUACGUUUUGUUAUUCUAAAAUCUAAAGUAACAAUUCCAAAUUAUCUUCUGCUUUAUGUGAGAAUGUAGAAUGGUCCGUGCAAACAUGUGAAUUAAGUUGUUGAGUUUUCCAUCCUCAGAAGUGCGGCGUGUUUCUUUACAAUGAUCAGAGAUGUGCUUGCUGCGAGGAAGCUGUUCUCUUUCGACAGCCGUUAGAUAUAUAUAAAUAAUAUAUAUAUAUAUAUAUAUAUAUAUAUAUAUAUAUAUAUAUAUAUAUAUAUAUAUAUAUACACACACACACGCAUACACACGUACAAACACGUAAAACAUCUGUUGGCUUAAAAAGACAAUAUAUUUUAUUUUUCUAUGAUAACUUGUCAUUGUUAGCAGUGUAAAGAGAAUCUAUAUCGCUACAUUAAUUCUUAAGUCAAAGGCAGAGCUACUAUAUUUAUUUUAGCGAAUGUUAAAUGUCUAUUUAAACGCGUGGGUUUGAUGCAAAAAAAAAGCUAACGGGAGGCGUUGCCCUCCGUCUCUUGCGUUGUAGCUGUUAACAAAAUUUUCUUCUCUAUUCGCCAUUUUACGCUAACAAUACAGGCAUGUAAUAUAAGAUCCCUAAGUGGUACAAAGAGUUCUUCCUUUUCCCAACGCCUAGUACGUUAUUAAGUGAUUAAUGUACCUUUAGCUGAUGAGUGUGACGAUAUGUUAAAGCAUGAAUAUACGUUUCUAGUCUUGUGCCGACACUACGACAUAUAAUAUUAUUACACGAGUACAUAAACGCGUGUAGGCAGAGAGAACACUAUCGAACAGGACAAUCUGCGUACAAAUAUAUACUAUUGGCGUAUAGAAAUUUGUAGCAUGAUUGUGCGCGUUGUAUUUACUCCGGAGAGUAGAAAAUUAUUUGUCGAUUGAAUUAAACUUAAAUAAUCGCA